AUGUCACCAGCCGAGGAUGGAGACCUGAGGCUGGUAGAAAACUCAGGCCGUUCCUCUGGCAGACUGGAGUUCUACUACAAUGGAACAUGGGGGACAGUGUGUGACAACAGCUUCGGCGCAAGUGAUGCAAGAGUGGCUUGUCGUCAGCUGGGAUACACCCGAGGCUACACUCGGUAUGGGCGGGUAGGAACACUAGGUUUCUCUCAAGCUUCAUCAACCACUCGGACAUGGCUGGACAAUCUUCGUUGCGUUGGAACUGAGAGCAGACUCGUUGAUUGUACUGCUAACACUAUCGGAGAUGAAGAUUGCAAUCAUUCACAAGAUAUUGCCUUGAUCUGCACUGCAAAUGGAAGCCUGAGGCUGGUAGGCAGCUUUAGUCGAACAGGAGGCCCCUCUGGCAGACUGGAGUUCUAUAACCGUAGAGCAUAUGCAUGGGGGACAGUGUGUGACGACAGCUUCGGCUCAAGUGAUGCAAUGGUGGCUUGUCGUCAGCUGGGGUACACAGGCUACACUCGGUAUGGGCGAGUAGGAACAUUAGGUUUUUCCCAAGCUUCAUCAACCACUCAGACAUGGCUGGACGAGCUUGGUUGCUCAGGAUCUGAGACCAAACUGACCGAUUGUCCUGCUAACCCUAUCGGAGUUGAAGAUUGCACCCACACACAAGAUGUGGCCUUAAUCUGUACUACAAAUGGAGACCUGAGGCUGGUAGGCAGCUUUAGUCGAACAGGAGGUUCCUCUGGCAGACUGGAGUUCUACUACAAUGGAACAUGGGGGACAGUGUGUCACGACAGCUUCGGUAUAAAUGAUGCAAGAGUGGCUUGUCGUCAACUAGGGUUCUCAAACUACACUCAAUACGGAACAGUUGGAAGGCUAGGUUUCUCUCAAGCAUCAUCAAGCACUCGGACAUGGCUGGACAAUCUUCAUUGCUCAGGAAGGGAGAGCAGACUCGUUGAUUGUCCUGCUAACCGUAUCGGAGAUGAAAAUUGCAACCAUUCACAAGAUAUUGCCUUGAUCUGCACUGCAAAUGGAGGCCUGAGGCUGGUAGGCAGCUUUAGUCGAACAGGAGGUUCCUCUGGCAGACUGGAGUUCUACUACAAUGGAACAUGGGGGACAGUGUGUGAUGACAGCUUCGGCUCAAGUGAUGCAAUGGUGGCUUGUCGUCAGCUGGGGUACACAGGUUACACUCGGUAUGGGCGAGUAGGAACAUUAGGUUUCUCUCAAGCAUCAUCAAGCACUCGGACAUGGCUGGACAAUCUUCAUUGCUCAAGAUGGGAGAGCAGACUCGUUGAUUGUCCUGCUAACCGUAUCGGAGUUGAAAAUUGCAACCAUUCACAAGAUAUUGCCUUGAUCUGCACUACAAAUGGAAGCCUGAGGCUGGUAGGCAGCUUUAGUCGAACAGGAGGCCCCUCUGGCAGACUGGAGUUCUAUAACCGUAGAGCAUAUGCAUGGGGGACAGUGUGUGACGACAGCUUCGGCUCAAGUGAUGCAAUGGUGGCUUGUCGUCAGCUGGGGUACACAGGCUACACUCGGUAUGGGCGAGUAGGAACAUUAGGUUUUUACCAAGCUUCAUCAACCACUCGGACAUGGCUGGACGAGCUUGGUUGCUCAGGAUCUGAGACCAAACUGACCGAUUGUCCUGCUAACCCUAUCGGAGUUGAAGAUUGCACCCACACACAAGAUGUGGCCUUGAUCUGUACUACAAAUGGAGACCUGAGGCUGGUAGACAACUCAGGCCGAACAGGAGGUUCCUCCGGCAGACUGGAGUUCUACUACAAUGGAACAUGGGGGACAGUGUGUCACGACAGCUUCGGUAUAAAUGAUGCAAGAGUGGCUUGUCGUCAACUAGGGUUCUCAAACUACACUCAAUACGGAACAGUUGGAAGGCUAGGUUUCUCUCAAGCAUCAUCAAGCACUCGGACAUGGCUGGACAAUCUUCAUUGCUCAGGAAGGGAGAGCAGACUCAUUAAUUGUUCUGCUAACACUAUCGGAGAUGAAAAUUGCAAUCAUUCACAAGAUAUUGCCUUGAUCUGCACUGCAAAUGGAGACCUGAGGCUGGUAGGCAGCUUUAGUCGAACAGGAGGCCCCUCUGGCAGACUGGAGUUCUAUAACCGUAGAGCAUAUGCAUGGGGGACAGUGUGUGACGACAGCUUCGGCUCAAGUGAUGCAAUGGUGGCUUGUCGUCAGCUGGGGUACACAGGCUACACUCGGUAUGGGCGAGUAGGAACAUUAGGUUUUUCCCAAGCAUCAUCAAGUACUCAGACAUGGCUGGACAAUCUUCGUUGCUCAGGAUCUGAGAGCAGACUCAUUAAUUGCCCUGCUAACACUAUCAGAGUUGAUUGCACCCACACACAAAAUGUGGCCUUGAUCUGUACUACAAAUGGAGACCUGAGGCUGGUAGAAAACUCAGGCCGAACAGGAGGUUCCUCUGGCAGACUGGAGUUCUACUACAAUGGAAAAUGGGGGACAGUGUGUGACGACAGCUUCGGCGCAAGUGAUGCAAGAGUGGCUUGUCGUCAGCUGGGAUACACCCGAGGCUACACUCGGUAUGGGCGGGUAGGAACACUAGGUUUCUCUCAAGCUUCAUCAACCACUCGGACAUGGCUGGACAAUCUUCGUUGCGUUGGAACUGAGAGCAGACUCGUUGAUUGUACUGCUAACCCUAUCGGAGAUGAAGAUUGCAACCACACACAAGAUGUGGCCUUGAUCUGUACUACAGGUGGUGAUGGCACAGAGUUUGCCACAACAUCUGGUGGUGGUGGUGGUGGAAGUGGUGGGUCAAACAUCCCAGCUUAUAUGGGUGGAGUCUUUGGUUCUGGCAUAUCCAUCUGUGUGUGUAUAUGCUGCAUUUGUGUAUGCUGCUACCUCUACUGCAGACCCUCAUCCUCCACCAGAGAAUACAGUCCUCCACCACCAGUGAAGACGACGACUGUGCAUGCCCCAAAAUAUGACCCUCCUCCAAAGUACACAAGUGAAUCUGUAGCUACAACAGGAACCAGCAAUCGCUCUUUCACUGCCACUCAUAUUGUUGAGUGUACCCGUAUUCAAGGACCAAAUGGUUUGGUUUGUCAGAAGGAAGUAGCGAUUACAUAUCUCAAGAAAUAAUUAAUGUACAAGUGAUCCCUGCAACCCCUUUAACAAUAACGUGCCGAUGAUGUAGCUAGUGGAUAUAAUAAUAUAGUCUAUUUGUAGUUUUCUAUAAAGACAGGACACAUCUCUAUGAAUAAUGAUUUUGUAU